CCUCCACAGCGCUCCAUGAUCUUAGGUGCACAAGGACAUGGCCCUUAUCAGGAUUGUUCCCAGCUUCACCUGUCAUUCUCAAAGCCAUCUGCCCAGGUUUCUGCUAAGAGUAGUGAGGGUGAGGGCUCUGAAGAAAAAACAUGACUCUUUUAUCUGCUAACAGCACAGCUGCUCUGAACAGUUCUGACACUCGCACAGCAGGCUGCCUCCUCACUGGCAUCCCUGGACUGGAGCACCUACACAUCUGGCUCUCCAUCCCCUUCUGCACCAUGUAUGUAGCUGCCAUGACAGGCAAUGGCAUUUUAAUUUGUAUCAUCCUGUCCCAGCCAAGCCUGAAUGAGCCCAUGUAUAUCUUCCUGUCCAUGUUGGCCAGUGCCGACAUCUUGCUCUCCACUUCCACAGUGCCCAAAGCACUGGCCAACUUCUGGCUGGGUUCUAGACACAUUUCCUUUGAUGGCUGCCUCACCCAAAUGUUCUUCAUCCACUUCCUCUUCGUGGCUGACUCAGCAAUCCUGCUGGCCAUGGCCUUUGACCGCUAUGUGGCCAUCUGCCUCCCACUGCGAUAUGCCACCAUCCUCACAAGCACAGUCAUUGGGAAGAUCAUGGCUGCCACCCUGACCCGCAGCUUCACCAUCAUGUUUCCGUCCGUCUUUCUACUCAAGCGCCUGCACUACUGCCGGAUCAACAUCAUUGAACACACGUUCUGUGAGCACAUGGGCAUCGCCCGUCUGUCCUGUUCCGAUAUCUCCAUCAAUGUCUGGUAUGGACUGGCAGCUGCUCUGCUCUCCACAGGCCUGGACAUCGUCCUUAUCGCUGUUUCCUACAUUCACAUCCUCCAAGCUGUCUUCCGCCUCCCCUCUCAAAACGCCCGGUCCAAGGCCCUGAGCACAUGUGGCUCCCACGUCUGUGUCAUCCUGCUCUUCUACAUCCCUGCCCUCUUUUCUGUCUUUGCCUACAGGUUUGGUGGGAGACGCAUCCCACGCUAUGUCCACAUCCUACUGGCCAAUCUCUAUGUGGUCAUCCCACCUAUGCUCAAUCCCAUUAUUUACGGAGUGAGGACCAAGCAGAUUUUAGAAGGGGCUAAACAGAUGUUUUCAAACCUUGACAAGGAAACCAAGUAAAUGCUCCCAACUCGAUCUCAGCUUAAUCCCUUUCUGUAUGUAUCAAUUAUCCAAUAUUCACCCUCUCCUCAUCUCUACAUCUUCCAAUUAUCCCCAUUAUUCACAUCUAUGUCCCAAUUUAUUUAAAUACAUGCUCUACUCAAAUCCACGUUUGAUUUUUUUCUCAGAAAUCUGCAGGAAUAGCCACCCCACUUUCUUCCCCCUAUUAUUUGAAUACCUUCUGAUACUCCACCAUUUCAAGAAAAAGUAAAUAGGGGAAAUGUGAUAACUUAUCUGAAAUCUACCAUCCAAAUAGGACUUUUCUCAGCAUCCACUUGCAUUUUCUCCAUAAUAUAUACAUGGGAACUAUAUACUUAUAUAUAUAAUAUGCAUAACAUAUAUGAUAUAUAUCUUAUAAUGGUCUUGGCAUAUCAUAAAUGCUUUACAAAUGAUAGCUUUAUUUGUAUUGUUGUUCUAAUUAUUAUUAAUUAGUAGCUCAUCCAACUCUAUUUAUAGCUCAUCACCUCAAAACUAAUAAAAAAUUGUCCUAAGACUAAAGCAGAUUGCAUGAUGGUGCUCCAGUUUUGUUUCUACAAAGAGUAGUAAGAGUAAACAAUAAUACAAAGGAAAAUUAUUUUAAUAUAAUGUUUAACUGAAUUCAACAAAUAUAAUUUUAAAAACUCAAAAUUAAAUGCAUUUAAAAAAUCAUUGUAGGCACUGAUUUAAUAUAACUAUUUAUUUAUAAAUAGUUUAAGACACAGAGACUUGCUUGUUCUGUAGCCACAUCAAAUUCAGUUUCUCCUCAGGCCUUGGUACUUGUUCACCUUGUUGUCUGAAACACUCUUUUCCUAUAUCUUUACAUGACUCACUUCCUCCUUUCACUCAGCUUUCUGUUUAUGUCUCUCCCAAAGAGAUAUCUCUGUGACCUUCCAAUACAAAAAAUACCUCUUUCUUAUCCAUGGCAAAAGAGACACUAUAAGCAAAUACAAAAGUCAACGUCAAAAUGGGAAGAAAUGUUUUCUAAUUAUAUUACAGAUAAAAGACUGUUUUUUUCCUGAUAUAUAUGGGGCCCCUAAAAUGUAGGGGGAAAAAAUGACCAAAAGUCUGAUGGAAGAAAAGGACAAAGACAAUUAGAAUAUGCUUAAGUCUAACAAGAAAAGUUCAAUUAAGACUAUGCCAAGACAGUCUUUCUUACCUGCUAAAUUGACAAAAAUUAGAAGUACUAACACCAUGUUGGCAAUGAUGUGGGGAAACAAGCCUUCUCAUACACUGCUCUUGAAUACAUAGUAUGAUAAAAUGUCUGUGGAGCUUGGAAAUUCUUAACAAAAUUCCUAUGCAUUCAUUCAUCCCUUGAUUCAGCAAUCACACUUACAGGAAAUACUUUUUGGAUAUGCCUCCAUGGGUACAAAACUACAUAUGACAAGGUUAAUAAUGAUGGCAAAGGUUUUGUAAUACAAAAAUGUUUGCAACAGCUUAAAUGGGGUCUGAACUCCCGGCCACAAUUCCAUCCCCUUAUGCUUACUCAGCACUGUUAUCCUUCCCAAGCUACACAAAGGUUCUGAAGUCACAUGGACUCUGGUUAAGGUGUAGUGACCAUGUUUAGAACAUAUUAG